AUGCGCCUUCAGCUUACAGACUCUCUUCAAAGCACGCACUCUAUCGCCGAAAUCGAGGACUGUGCCAUCGCUGUGGACGCGUCAUACUACCUCCAGCUUCAACUCGAUGCUCAGCCGUACAACGAGCCGCUCCUCCCCGCCCUCGGUGGCAUGACGGGUAUACAGAAGCGGAUUGAGACUGAGCUGGAUCGAUGGGUAGCCCAUCGUGUGGUCCCGUUCUUUAUCUUCAACGGAGUGCCUCUCACGGGCCAAGACGAUGUAAACGUGCAGCGCGGCCGACAGGCCAACGGGAAGACGGAUUUGGCCUGGGAUCUGUACUUUAACGGCAGGGCGGAUGACGCCGUGGCUGCUUUUGGCCAGCACACCGGUGCUUAUCGUCCUUCGGCGCUGUAUCCUCUUCUCCAGGCAAUUCUGAAGAACCGGAAACUGCAUUUCCUCGUUCCUCCUUUCAACGCUGCCGCGCAAAUGGCAUAUUUUGAAAUGAUCGACUCGGACCAGUGCGGAGGCAUCAUGGGGCCUUUGGAGCUUAUGCUUUACCCAAUCAGAGAUAGCAUCAUCCGGUCUAUCAACUGGGAUGCCGGUACAGUCACCGCGGUUUCCAAAAAGCACAUCACGAAGACGCUGAACGUCAGCGAGUCUCUUUUUAUCGACGCCUUCUUGAUGACGGGGACUUCGUUCCUGGCCCCGUUCCCGCCUCUCCUGGACUCUUCAGUCGUCAAGGCCCAGCCCUUCUCCAUCUCUGACGCGGUUAAUAUGCUGCGCACGUCGGAGAAGUCGGUAACAAUCAUCUGUACGACCUUUCAUGACAUAAUCAAGACUCACGAUGCUGGCUGGCUAGAUAAGUACCGCAGGGCGCGAAUGGCUGUUAGCCAUUUCAUCUACGUUUCCGAGAGUGGCGAAGUGAAAGUCCACGACUACGAACGUCUCACGGGGGACAACCACGAGUAUCUUGGCCUUCAGCUUCCCUCAGAGCUUUUCCACUACCUGAACACAGGUCUCAUUGGGCCGCGUAUUUUGAGCUGGAUUAUUCAUGGGCAGCUGCAAGUGCUGUCGACUGUGGACGGAUACGCUUCGGACGAGUACAAAAAGCUUGUGUCGACGCAGCUGGUGCCAAUUAAGGAAGCAGCACUGGGCCUUCUUAUUCCACGACUUAACCGCGGUAUCGGCCACAAGGACAUCACUAUGAGAGUCUGGUAUGACCGAAACUUCACCUACACUGCAUGGAAUAAUCACGACCAGGCCAACUUCGGAGGUCAGGUAGCCACCUGGAGCGUGGACGAGUCUACGAUCAAAGCGUUCUACCCUGGCUUUGUGCACGGCUCGGUCGGAUCAGAGGUCCUCUCCCUGAAGAAGCCGGAAUUCGUAGCGCAGACAUUCCUGGGUCCGAAGGAGAAGUUGAAGGGGCUCCAGCUGGCAGGGAUGAUAAAGUCACUCUGCCUCUGGAGAUUCCUUCAUGUUCGCGGCUAUGUUAAUGACCGACACGAGCUCACUCGCUGGGGCACAGCUCUAGCAGCGUCCAUGUCGGCCUUGGAGCCAACAGUCAAGCAACACCCUGACGUCCCAAACCUCUUUGAGUCCAUUCUUGUUGGGUUCGAGCUGCUCCGCUUUGAACUCCUCAAUGCCCGAAACAAGCAUCCGGACCUUCGUGGUCUUCCCUUAAACGGAACCGAAGACGACCAGUCUAGCUUGCUUCUUAUCAGCAGAUGCGCAACCUUAUUGAAACUUCGACACGAGUCGAACGGAUAUACCGGACCCCUGAGCAAAAACUUGCUAGCUUUCCGCUCCCUGGUGUCCGAGGUACGCUCUGCAGACCGCGAUCUUGUUGAAUCUGUUUUGGCCUCCAUGUUCCUGUACGCGCAAGCGAAACGGGACAGGUCAGAUGGAUGGGAGCUGAGCCACCAACUCCCGUUCCUUCACGAUCCGGAUGUGGCGCUUGGUAUUGCUGUCAAGACUUACUUUGACGACGUGGCGCUCGAAGACCCUGUGGAGAUCCGGGUGUCUAAGAAAAAAUGUUUUCCUACGUUGUAUGUGCCGUUUGCUUUGGCAUUUGACGAGGAUUUGGACAUUGCUUGCAACUUCUUCGAUGCUAUGUACGCCGGCGUCCAGGCUUUGGACAGCAACGAUGUCUCGUCUGUUGAUCGCGCGACUUGGGACAAGGCAGCCAAGUACCUUGAGCUGCGGAGAUAA